CCUUAUCCUUUCGCACUCGUGUCCGCCCAUCUGUGCAAUUAGACACCGAACGCCCAUCUUCUACGGUGCUGAUUUAUAGGCACGUAGCAAAGUUGAAUGAGGACUUUACCUACGCUCUCUCGCUAUCGGCAGCUCCGUCAGUCGUGUCAGUGUCAGUGACGUUUAAUGAACUUCUGUUGCAGAUUCCAUUGCGUAUAAUAUAGCAGCAAUAAAGGCCGGAAAAGGAGUCUUACACUGUGUUUACCCUGCAGUAUGAGUCCCAUGACCACUGUUAUUAUAGUGGUACAAUGUUUAAUAGUAUUCAUUAAUCAUUCAUGGGGUCAGGAAUCUGUUGCAAAUGCUGUUUGUGAUGAAUAUAUGACAGCAUGUGCAUGCCCCAGUUUAGAGGAAGCACAAGUGUGCCAUUUUCAACUAAGAGUGAAACAGUUGCUGACAUUCACCCGUUAUCAAAUCGAUGCACCUCCUGGUUCCCAGGGGAAAGUGUAUUUCAUUAAUACAACUGGGCAACUUCAGCCUGUUUCUCCAGUACCACCAACUCCUACCAUCUCUUGUGAAGAAGUAAACUGUACUGAGGCAAAUACGGUCGAUGGAAGAACAUUCCGUUCGUUUUAUGCAAUCAAUGGCCGAAUUCCUGGUCCAACACUCAUAAUACAUGAGAACCAGACCGUUGUUGCCGAUGUCGAAAAUUUACUAAGUGAUGAGGGCAUCUCCAUCCACUGGCAUGGAAUGCACCAGCGAAACACUCCUUGGAUGGAUGGUAUCGGAUUUAUUUCGCAGUGUCCAAUCCUCCCUGGUGCUUCAUUCAGAUAUAUUUUCAAGGCAUAUCCACCUGGCACCUUCUGGUACCAUUCCCAUAGUGGAGCACAACGUACGGAUGGUAUGUAUGGUGGGUUGAUAGUCCUCGAAGCGUCCAACACCACUCAGCAUGAUCUUGGAAUCGAUUUUGAAGAUUUACCGGAGAGACAUACGAUAUCUUUCUUGGAUUGGCAAAGGGAGGAAUCACUUGACCUUUUCUCCAAGAUUCACUCAAAGAUUCGAUACUUUCCCCCAGCAGAUGGGCCAGUUGAUGUAGUUCCAACAAGUAGUAGCGACUUCUACUUUCCGACCCAAGCCGCGGAUGGGUCUGGUAUUGGUGUCCUCAAGUACUGGUCAGGGCUAAUAAAUGGUAGAGGUAUCCACUCUUCUGUUCCCCUUAACCGAUCAAUUUUAUCACUCUUUGAAGUGGAUAAAGGAAAGAGCUAUCGCUUUCGGUUAAUUGGAGCGCAGUCGGUUUAUGCUUUCAACUUUUCAAUUGAUGCACACCGACUAACAGUUAUAGCAACCGAUGGCUACUUUAUCAAACCAGUUGAAACAGACUUUCUUAUAAUACACACUGGAGAAAGGUAUGACAUUAUUGUAACUACUAAUGAGACAGAAUAUAACAACUUCUUCAUACGUGCACAUACACUGGAGCUUGAAUUUAAUACAAAUGAGGAGCCACCAUAUUCCCAAAUUCCUCACGAGGCUCUUGCAAUUCUUCACUAUAGUAGAGAUGAACCACCAAGUCCUUUGGACUAUGGGACUAUUGUAUCUCAUCAAAAGAACUGCUCAGAAGGUUCCCAGUGCACUGCUGUAAACUGUCCAUUUCAGAGUUUCCACCCCUCAUACAACAUACAUUGUGUCAAUGUCUAUGAGCUAAAGUUACUCUACCCAACACCAGACUACGAACUACCCUCUUCUGAAGCUGACAAUGAAUUGAUUUUUAACUUUGCAUUUGAGAAUCCUCAACGCACCAGCACUAUAAAUGGAAGGAACUUCAUCUUUCCAUCUGCUUCAUUGCAAACCCAAACCGAGGAAUUUGACAAGGAAAGGGAGAAAAUAGCCUGUAAUCUUGAUGACACGUGCGAAUUGGGGUGUCAUUGCCUUCAUGUUCAUGAAAUCCCAUACAAGAAAACUGUGAGAUUUGUUAUCAGUACUGUUGGUUUGAGUAUGUCACGUAGAAGAUUCAGUCAUCCCGUCCACCUACAUGGGCACAGCUUUCAUGUAGUAGCAACUGGGUAUGGCACAUACAAUCAAACAACAGGGAGGAUCUUAAGCAGUUCCGAUGACUUAGUCUGUUCGAACGGAAGUACCAGAAGCCUUUGCGUGAAGCCACAGUGGAAUGAUGAAAAAGUAUUGAAUUUCACUGUAGACAAAUGGACAGUUCGCAAAGACACAGUGAUUGUGCCAGCAGGUGGUUAUGUUGUCAUGCAGUUCAUAUCAGACAACCCUGGCUUUUGGUUUCUUCAUUGCCAUAUCGAGCCCCACCAAUUAGAAGGGAUGGCCCUUGUUGUUGAUGAAGCACAAGCUCAGCAGAACCCCCCGCCGAAAGGGAUGCGCUCAUGUGGAAAUUUCACCUGGACUAUAGCAGAGUUUAAUCAAAAACUCAAUUUCAACCCUGAUGAGCAAGAAUCUGAUCGGUUUGCAUGGUGGAAAAUAGCUCUUCUAAGUGUUAGUGGGGUAGCAGUUUUGGUGAUGAUUGUGAUAGCCACUACUUGUAUAUAUCGCCGGUGUAGGCGUAAAAAAAUGCAGAGCUACAACGUAUUGCACUAACUCAUAGUAGGUAGUAGUAAGUGGAUUGUGGGAAACUACAGAGUGAGAGUAAGCAUAAUCUGCACAAUGUAUGUAUUAAUUUUAUAUAAUUUGGACGAGUUGGUGUGAGUUUACAUUAUUAUGGACAUACUCUAUACAUGUUUAGCAGCCGUUUCAGAGCAUCAGGACAUCUACCGUGGCCUUU